AUGGUGAAAAUCAACGUCUUGCAACAUGAUACAGCGGCGCACUUGCCCACACGAAAAGGAGAUCCUACGCCAACGUCGCGCAACCUCGAUCCGCUCAUGCAUCCGUUUGCCAGAGCCCGGGAACGCACCAGAGCGCUGAACGCGGCCAAGAUGGAGCGAAUGUUUUCCAAGCCGUUUGUUGCGGCCCUUGAAGGCCACUUGGACGCAGUGGAAGUCUUGGCUCGAAGACCAGAUGAGCUUACCACUGUCGCGAGCGGGAGUUGGGAUGGAGGGGUGAUACUACAUGACCUAUCUUUGAGGACGCACGUGCGCAAAUUGAACGGUGCUCACAAGGGCAAAGUGUCAGGCCUCUGCUUCACCGGGGAGGGACGGUUGCUGAGCUGUGGUGUUGACCGGAAUAUAAAGCUAUGGGACACACGGCCCGAAGCAGAAAUUGGGUCAGAGGAUCAAGCCCCCUUGGCCGUGUUCCCCGGAAAAUCUGCAAUCAACUCUAUAGAUCAUCAUCGUUCGGACCACUUAUUCGCCACGGCCUCAAACCUCGUUCAAAUCUGGGAUGAGACUAAGAGCGCGGCCGUUUCAAACCUCACGUUCCCCACUUCCACUGAAACAAUAGACGCCGUCAGGUUCAAUCUUUCAGAGUCGUCUGUCUUAGCAAGUAUAGGUUCUGACCGGACAUUCACCCUGUAUGACAUUCGAACAGGAAAGGCUGAGCGUCGAGUAGUAAUGCAGAUGCGCUCCAACUCCCUCUCCUGGUCUCCCACCUUCCCUACCUCCCUCCUCCUCGCCUCCGAAGAUCACAACCUCUAUACAUUCGACAUUCGAUCUCUGUCCACGCCCACCCAAAUAUACAAGGCACACGUUGCAGCGGUCAUGUCAUGCGACUGGUCGCCUACUGGUGCCGAGUUCGUUUCGGGUGGUUGGGAUCGGACCGUGCGGAUAUGGAAGGAGGGCCAAGGCACGCGACCGGAAGUGUACCACACGAAGCGCAUGCAGCGGGUGUCGUCUACGAUCUUUACUAACGAUGCGCGCUUUGUGUUGAGCGGCUCAGAUGAUGGCAAUGUGCGGAUCUGGAAAGCGCGCGCAGACGAAAAGCUUGGCAUCAUUACCGCGCGCGAACGCGCGGCGAUGGAAUAUCGUGAUACUCUCAAGGACCGUUGGAAGUUCGACAAGGGUGUUGGCAAGGUCCAAAGAUCUCGUCAUCUUCCCAAACCGGUUCACAAGGCGGCGGAUCUCAAGAGAACCAUGCUCGAGGCUCGUCGCGUCAAAGAGGAAAGGCGGAGAAAGCAUACACGCGCGGGCGAAAGCAAACCCAUCGCCGAGAGGAAGAAGGUCGUCGUUGCGGAGCAGAUGUAGGCGCACGGAACGUAGUAGCAACCGAUGUCACCGCGGUUGAUAUCAUUCAACUGGGAUGGUGCCAUGUAUGGGUAAGGCGAUCUGGCUUUGCCCAUGGAACUAGUAUACAUCCCGCGGCUGGCCGCAGCCAGAGCCUGAGGCCAGUUUGGUCGGCUAUUUGAGUCGGCGCGUCUCGGAGCCGCGCUGCAAAGCACGACGUUAUGCUGGUCAUCGGCCGAUGCGGUGAUCCACAAUGCAGCGGUGGAGCCACUACUUAUCUUGUGCGCAGGCGUUGCGCGGUCUCAGGUGUGGAUGUAACGUGGAUGGAUGUCAUGUGUGAUGCGUGC